ACGAUUCCUGCAGCAACUUGUUCACUGAAGCGUCACUCACUGCCACGUAGAGGAGAAGCUGCUGCUGCUGCUGCUCCUGCUGCUGCUUCUUUUUGUUUUCUGCUUAAACUUGCCUGAAGUUGGGUGUGUGGGCAUGUUCCUGAUAGUGCUGAGCCUCCUCGUCUCCUCCAUGCUGGCCUCCGUCCGAGGCGGGAAGCUGCCCGAAGCCGAGGUGGACAUAGAGGUUCUGCAAAGGCCCUUCAUCUGUCACCGAAGGUCCAAGUACGGAGACAUGCUGCUGGUGCAUCAUGACGGAUACUUUGAGAACGGGACCAUGUUUUACUCCAGUCGAAGGCAAAAUGAGAAAGCAAUGUGGUUCACAUUGGGGAUCAGGGAAGUACUCAAAGGCUGGGAUCUAGGCCUGCAGGACAUGUGUUCAGGAGAGAAGAGGAAACUGGUAGUACCUCCAGCCCUGGCCUAUGGGAAGGAAGGGAAAGGUAAGAUCCCACCGGAGAGCACACUGACCUUCUUGGUUGAACUGCUUGAAAUCAGAAAUGGUCCGAGGUCUCACGAGUCCUUUCAGGAGAUGGACCUCAAUGACGACUGGAGGCUUUCCAAAUAUGAGGUGAAAGAAUAUCUCAGGAAGGAGUUUGAGCGCUACGGCUACCCGCCCAACGACACUUUACACGAGAACAUGGCGGCCGAUAUCUUCGCCAAAGAGGACACGAACAAGGAUGGUUUCCUGUCUUCAAGAGAGUUCACCUACAAACAUGACGAACUGUAGAGUCACUGCUGUGGCUUGUCGCUUAAACACAAGAGACUCUCAGGUUAUCUAAAGCAGCAUGCUUGUGUGACACAGAACUGUGAAACUCAUUGCGUCAGACAUUUUAAGCAGACUGUUUUGCUUUUGGGCCCCAAGUUUUCAAUCAGAGGUAAUACUUUUAAAAACCAAGAACAGCAAAGAAGGUAAAUCAUUUGGCUUUCCAUUUUAACUCAUAAGAUCAUUGAAGACAAGCAGUUCUAUUCAGAAGUUUUCAUCUACUCAACAGCAGCUAAAUUUUAUUUUGGUGGAAUAAGUAUACCACAAAAAAAACUUCAUUGUCUCUCAGUAAUAUCAAAAUUUUAUAUAUACAUACACCUCCACUAGUAGUUGGUUUAAUUUUUUUUUUUUAGAAAAACCAUACGGCUCAGGUGGGGCCUUCACCAAGCUCUAGUGCUAAGUAUUUUACCACUAUUCAUUUUAUGAGAAACUGCUAAAUUAUUUUAAAUAUUUCUCUUUUUUACAUGGACCUGUCUUUCAAGUAAAUUUUUUCCAUGUACAUAGCUGUAUGUCCAGAAUAAUUACUUUCAUGCCAAUUAUGCACUGGCUUGAAAGAUGCAGUAUGUAAACUUCUGACCAGAGCUGCAGGUCAAAUGACUCCACUGAAUCUCAAUUUAAAAAAAAACAAACUCUAUGGUGCUCACAUUUUUCCUACUGUAGAAAUGCCUUGUAUUUCUUUUUCCUUUUUGACAUCUUUCUAAAGCUAAUUUUCUGAAUCCAUUUGGAUAGAAAAACAUAAACUCUCCAAAACAAAUUUACCUUAAAAUCUGGAACAUGUUAUAUUUAUUGACUUGAGCAUUAAAAUAGAUUUUUUAAAC